UUCACCACAGAUCACGUGAAGGCUGGACCAAAUAAAAUGGGAGGCGCAACAACAGAGGGCAGCAUUCCGUUAUCUUUGAGGCUGCUGGAAACAAGUGUGCAGAGAAGGAAAACCAUGAGUACCAUUUCCAAGGACUCCUUGAAGACUUCCCUGCUGCAGUUAGAAUGCCAUUUUACAUGGACUUUGCUGCAGGAGCAUGUAGGUCUUGAGGCCUUAGAGGACACAAUACAAGAUCAUAUCAAGUAUGCAGAACACAACAUUGUAGAUUAUAAUAUACUCUCCUAUGUGUGUCACCUGAAGAAUUCAAAUGAGGAAGCCCUGAGAAAUCUCAGAAAAGCUGAAGAAGCUAUUCAAAAACAUCAUCCAAGUGAAAUUGCCAGGAGAAGUCUUGUUACCUGGGGGAACUAUGCCUGGAUCUAUUACCACAUGCAGAAAUAUGAAGAAGCUCAAACUUAUGUAAGCAAAGUGGAAAACAGCUGCAAAAAGCUUUCAAGUAAUGCUGAUGGGAAGAUUCAGCUUCCGGAGAUCUAUGCUGAGAAAGGAUGGGCAUUAUUACGUUUUGGGAGGAAUUACUUCGAGGAGGCAAAGAAUUGCUUUGAAAAUGCUCUGAGGAGUGAGCCCGAUAACCCAGAUUUUAAUGCUGGCUAUGCAAUAGCGAGGUAUCGCUUGCAGGAUUGUGCUGAGAAGUUUGGUGAGGAGGCCACCCCAUGCCUUGGGGCCCUGCAGCGGGCGGCGCAGCUGAACCCACAGGACACUACCAUCCUGGCAUUACUUGCAUUAAGACUUCUGCACUCAGGACGAGGUGAUGAAGGGGAGAGGUACAUUGAAGAAGGACUGCAGAAAACCCCUGACUUUCCUAUUUUCCUGCGACAUGCUGCUAAUUUUUACAGAAAGAAAGGAAAAGUGAACAAGGCUGUGGAGAUUUUGCAGAAGGCCCUAGCACUGACGCCAAACUCUGUCGUUCUGCAUCAUCAACUAGGAAUCUGCUACAAAUCCAAGAUACUUCAGUUGAAAAAGAGACGAUACAUACCUCAAGAGGUAGUGGAGGAUCUCAUCCAGCUUGCCAUUUUUCACUUAAAAACAGUGAUAGACAAAAAGCCAGUAUUUUUUUCUGCCUAUAGUGAGCUAGGAAAUGUAUAUGCACUAGGCAAGAGGUAUGAAGAAGCAGAAGAGAUAUUUCAGGAAGUGCUUCAGAGAAAAGAUCUACCCUGUGAUGAAAAACAAUUCACCUACUUCAGUUAUGGAAAUUUUCAGCGUUUUCACAUGAAGUCAGAAUCAAAAGCCAUUAAGUAUUACAUAGAAGGUCUGAAAAUAGAAAAAGAUUCCUAUGGAAGAAAAAGGUGCAGUGAAGCUGUGCAAACAUUGUUGGAACAGAAAAUUGAGAGCCAUUUAGGAGAUGCCACAGAUAUUGGUACACUUGGACUUGUUCAUAAACUAAAUGGUAAGAAACAAGAAGCAAUUGAAUGUUAUAAGAAAGCCAUUGCUUUGGAUCCCAACAACGAAGAUUAUCAGAACGAGUUAGCUGACCUACAACUUUCCAUCUCAAGCUAAAGCUCACAAAAAUCGUAUGUACCAAAAAAUCCCCCAAAACAAGGACAUUUCAACAGACUCUCAAAACUUUUUUUGUUGUUUGUUUUUAAUUUGAAAGUAGACAUUAUGACCAGAUGGAACACAGGUGGCAUCACUUUCGCGGUGGUCAUAAUGUAGAAGCAGCAGACGAUUGUUAGUUGUUCAUUCACUAACAGAUGGCAUGCUUGGAUAACUAUAUAAUAAAUAUAAUAUCUAUAUAAUAUAGCUUGAUGUUAACAUGGGUAUAAAUGUAGUUAAGUGCUAGUCUGUAGAACACAGAACUUCUACACUGAAAUCAAAUAUUACCUUCUACUGAGAAAAAGAUAAAGUAAUCAUAUUGUAGCAUUUCAUCUGUACACUUGAAGGGCAUGCUUAUACACAAAUAGAAUUUCUGAAGCUUUUUUAAGUGUUUCAAAAAUAUCUUUUGUAGACAAAACUUUUGUUGAAGGCUUGUUUGGUUUACUACCUUGUAUGCUGUUUAAUUAUGAAAAAUAAACACUGUUUAGCUAGUCCACUGGAAAGCUUACAAAAUGUGUAUUAUUGUUGUGAACUACUAAAGUCUGUUGAAUCUA